AUGCUUACCACCUCAUUCCAGUUGACUCAUGUCACACCGAUUCCCGACUACAUGACCCGCGAGGAGGUCCUCUCCCACCUUCACAAUGCGGAAGUCCAUAUCAAGAGCGACCCCAAUUUGACACACUGGACGCCCUGCACGCCCAAGGUGCCCCCCACUGUUCCCGACGAUGUUGAUUCCAUAGCGGUCACUGAGUGCUACACCAUCACGGAUACGGUGCCUACCAACCUCCCAAAGGCCCUGCCCAAAGGCAUGCUCGAGAAGAAGAGUGUCAGCGAGUACGAGUUUACCUUCACCCCGGAUGGAAGUUUCGUCAAAAUUCACUGCCCCAUGAGCGUCCUUUUGGAAACGCGGUGGCGUGUUCGCAAGGGGAGCGACGGAAGUCUGGAGUUAGAAGAGGUUGUGGACGCUCACUGCUCCCGUUUCCUCGUGGGCGUUGUAAAAGGCGAACUAGAGAAGAACUGGGUGGAGGUCCACCGGAAGAUAUUGACAGGGAAAGCAUGA